GUAGUGGUUAUUGGCCUGAUAUUGCUAGUGUCGUACGGUGUGAUGUAAAACUAUUAACUAGUAUACAUGUAUUGUCCCUGCUCUGUCUUUACUCUAAUAAUUAGCGCAACCAGACGCAGUGGUAAAUAAAGUCUAGCCACGAGCGAGCGUAGCAUUACAUAGCCGUCAGGCUUUGGUGAUACUCGGUGAUAUGCAUGUUACCAUGACCUGGUUACACUGAGGAGCUACAGUGUAUUGCUCGAGGGCAAGCAUGGGUACCUGAAGACCUAUUCUACCCCGGAUCUUCACGGGUCUGCAGACAAUAGACAGCUUAUAGAUGUUGCAGACAAACGAGCAGUCAUGAUACGAAACGCCUUGCAACGAUUCGCAACGAGUCUGAAGUACGCACACAACCGGCACUUCUGUACCAGAUCUUCCGAGGUCAAAGUAAGCUUCCGGAAAGCCACAAUCAAUGAUUACGAAGGUGUGAUGAAAAUUAACGAGAAUGUGCACCGGGGACGAGACUAUCUUCCAGAAGGAUUCCACAGCACAGUCACAGACCCAAACUUAUCAGCACACCUUGGUGAAGUCGACAACCGAAUCAUGAUGUUCGCAUGUGCUAGACUCCUGGAUGGCGGUAGAACAUUGCUGUUCACGGGCGGACGUACACACGCAUCCUACAGAGGUCAGGGCGUCAUGGCCCAGCUCUUACAUCACAUCAAGUCAGGUUAUUCCAGCAAUAAGAAUAUCCUGUAUGAAAUGUUUGAGACAGAUUAUGGGCACCCGAUGCUGUCGCAUCCAUACGCGCAGGGUUCUUCAAUGGUUUUGGAAAGGCCUAUCCAUUGUUUUCCCUUUCGUGUGAACGACCUUCACCUUAAUCAGCUGCCUCGUAAUGAGAUCCAGUUCUCGAUUCCUACACAAACUGACUUGGAAAGACUUCUGUCUGAUAAACAAACACAUGGCUACCUAUUUCCAGGAGAUCGAAUUGUUGUGAACAGGAUUCCAUUCAGAGCUCAUCCUCAAAACGUUCCUCAAAUGACCACCGCAGAUGUUUGUUUUCACACUGGUGAAUCUCCAUAUGAGUGUCUUUCCUUUGGCAAAAGCCACUCGUGUAAACUCGGCCUAGCCUAUAAUAUUGACAUCUACGGAGACCACCCUGUAGGCCUGACAGCCCAUGUGUACAAGCACCUGCAGGAGAUAGCCCACAUUGCACAGAUGCGCCGAGUUCAUGACAAAGGUGAAGAUGCUAGUCAUAGAGAGACGCAGGAUGAAGUUGACGAGAGAGUCCACCUCCUCAUCUUCUCGUCAGUGUCUGUGGACAUGAGUGAGGUCUACGAGGCCCUCCGUACAUUAGGCAUCAACCGUGUGGAGUGGCCAGUCAAGGCACAGGUCGUCAUUGAAAGAGACUUCAGGGUAGACUAGUGGCGUAGAGGAAUAUCACGGGGAGACCACAUUCUACAUUCUACCUAUGGGCAUCGAUCCCGGACUUCAGCGCGACGAACAGAUUAAUGUGUCAACCACCUGACUACCCCACCGCCCAAUUAGUUUUUGGUACAUGUUUCGUUUAUCCGGACAGUUGUUAACCAGGAAGGUUCCGGAGGGACCAGUAGUACAGAUUAACGAAGUUUCACUUUGUUCAAAAAUGUUAUUUCCUAUCUUCGCUGGCGUCGUUAUAAUGAUCGUCACCACGUACAAGCUGGCGUAACCACCGACUGGGAACAGCAGCAGUAGCAACAAGCAUCCUCGUCCACGUCAUCUCAGUACAAUACAGCUUCGCGAAUAGAUGUGGGGCCACAGGUAGCUACGUCAUCGCCGCUCAGGAUGCAUCAUCGUAUUUCGUUUAAACGUUGUCAUGGCGACACUUUUGCGAUUAAAUGUCAUAUGUGCUGCGA